AUGGGUGAAAACAUUGCUGUCUCCAUUCGCAGUUACGAUCUUGAUGAAUUUGUUUUGAUCUCUCCGGCUGACCCUGAGGCCCGACGACUGGUCGGAACUACGCGAAUCCGAUUACUUUUGAGUUCUAUUGAGAUGGCUCUUUCCGCUUCCGCUUGUCACAGGCCUUUACCUAUUGACACCCUCAAGUCCGAUUUUUUGCUGACGACAUAUAGACUUCCCAAGGAUGAUGAUGUUUUCGUCAUCUAUGGUUUCAGCUGUGAUAGGGAUUUCAUAGCUGUUCAGUCCACGGAAUUGCCAAUGCUUGUGUCGUAUGGAAAUGAUAAGCUGUACUACGGGUUGCGUUUGUCUCGUGGUGGUCCUGUUACCGACCUCUCUCCUUCCGAGAUAGUUGUGCCUGAUUCGGGGCUAAAAAAAAUAGAAUAUGCCAUUGCUCACGCUUCACUGCCGCAUUCGGAGGCUCAUCUUGCCAAGCUCCGGGACAUCUUUCGUGAGAAGGUGGGAUUCUCUGAGGAAACACCUAAUGUUUCUGUUCUCCAGUAUUUUCGCAUGGUUAAGCUGAAGUUUCACUGUCUAUCAAAUGACUAUGCAGAUGACAAGGCCCAGUUUGUUUUUUCACCUGAACAAGUGCUAUCCGAAGUCUCACUUAAGAUUCUGGUGAAGUUUACUCCGAUUGAAUGGUCUGCAGAUUGUGUACUGGGUGAUGUAAAGCACUGCCUGCUCGACUCUGCAUACCAUGUGAUCGCCCAAUCCCUCAAUACCGCAAAUUCAUCCAGUAAUGCGGAUCAUCUUACUCGGGAGGUAUUAAGCUCCGACCUCAUGCAAUCUGUACUUAAUACAUCGGUCACCAUGUCUGCCGUACCAGCAGCGUAUUUGUCACCUGAACUUCCAUCUUCGGAGGCACUGGAUAAUCAACUGAUCUGUACGCUGGGGUGUCGUUAUGUGGGUGCGGCCAUACGCACUUUGUUGAUUGCCUUCCACCUGCUGAUUCUGCGCACCUAUCCCACCGACAUUAUAACAGUCGUCAUCGGCUCCUGGUGUGUCUUCCUCAACCACCUUCGCUGCAGCCCAGUCUCCGAAUCCUUUCUCAAUCCAAAUGUUGGGGAAGAUUUCAAUGCUCUAUCACCGAUCGAUGAGGCUCUCCUAAUCCUCUCGAAGCACCCAAAGCCCACAUCCCCAAGUCAAUCUCCAUCGAAAGUUAAUGAAGAGGAAUUUUUUGACGCUAUGGAAGAUCAAGUUGUACAGCAUGCAGUCCUACCAUCUGCACUGAUCACAUGGUAUUGCAAAAAACUAAAGACUUUACGUGACAAAGUGGCGAAGCGGACAUUCGACUACCAGCCACUAUUUCAACUCGUUAAAGACUUCCACCGAAGAACCUUGUGUGCCAUUAGCCUAAAUACCUUCUUCAAGUACUGCGAUCCUGCCGAGACAUUACAACCGCUGGUGCUUGAACUGGCCAAUCGCUUCCAUACAUGGAACACCUACCAACCAUCGAAACUCACGAAAAUUGAAUACUUCAACGUUUCCAAGACAAUGGCUUUCCCCCUCAGUCCUGAAAUUCGCUCCCUGUUUGUUCAGGGCCUUAUGGGCACUUUUGACAACCCUCCGCGAAUCCCAUUUCGUGUACCGGUUUGCCUCUCGGAAGAUUCUGUGGGACUGCCAAAAGCGGAGCUGGCCAUACACGGAGCUAAUUCGGAACCGUUUCCUGUGUAUCGACUAGUUACCAUAACCGCCAACCGAUGUCUACGAAGACCUAAUCGCAAAGUGAGUGGCCCAUCUCAGCAGCGAGCCUUGUUUUGCAUCUGUAAUACUGCAACGACUCCCGAGGAACUGGAUUUUAUUCGACGUGGGCAAGGUGACUGUUCGGAUCUCUCCAUUGAUGGGGACCACAACGGAGUUUGCCAUUUAUACCUUGCUGGAUGUUUUGGUGAAGACUGUGACAUUAGAUGA